GUUAUCAUCGAACUCGAGUUCUUACGAAUCGAUAGCAGUUUGGAAUCGGGUUAAAAAACAUGCGUCGGAGGAUGGACGGGGAGUGUACCAUUUGGAGGGCACGAGUCAGACAGGAUUAACUUCCACGAUGGCUGAGCGCGUUGGCUGCCUCCCUUCAAUCGACCAAUAUAGAAUCUGUUCGUGCGUAUGUAUUCGUUACCAGAGCUCGCGCAAUAGUCGCGCCGUGCCUGAAUCUUGAGGGUGUCGCGGAACGUGCCCUCGACUUGAACAUAACUGAGAAGCGCGCUAUGCUGCAGCACUCAGCGGGCUAUAAACUGUUUCAAUUGAUCACGGCAGUUCUACCUUGCGCGGCGCUCGUCACACCAGUCAGUCAGCAAUUUCCCCUGAAGUGGGUUCUCGCCAAUAGAAAUGCGGGGGCCACUGUGCAUCGCAUUUGCCGUCGCAGCGUUUGUGGCAGCGGCGACGGCACAGAGCAGCUGCCCGCCGGCGCCCGAGGUUACCCGGACCGCCCUUGCCUCAGCCUGCAGCGGCACGUCCGCUGCGAGCCGCGCCAUCGGCUGCAGCAUGUUCGCUCUCUGUAACAACGCAGCGCUGACGCCACCGAUAUUCUCCGCGCUGUGUUCGACGUGGCGGAUUGCGAGCAGCUUGUGCUCGGACGACACGGACGUGGUCGCCGCCGCCAGCGGGCUGUGCAGCGGCAUCCGCGCCGCCUACGUGGAUGACGCGCAGUACAGGUCGUGUCUGCAGCCGUACACAGGCAUCCGCAGCACCAGCGGCAUUCGCGCCGGCCACCUACGCGCCUGCGACGACAUGGCCGGCGAGCCCAUGGGCGGCUGCGACACGUGCGGCACAGCGAGCAGCUGCCCCAACCCGCUGGUGUCUUACGCCGAUGGCUGUAUCGACAUGGACAUGGGCCAGUGCGCCGCAUGGCGCAGUUUCUGCACCGGCGACGCGGCGCCCACCGGGGCCGCCGCAGCCAUGCUGUGCCGCCGCCCCAACAACCGCGGAGGCAUUGUCGCGCCGCCUCUGCCCCCAUCGCCGCCGCCGCCGGCCCUCUCGCCCUCCCCGUCUCCCUCCCCCUCCCCCUCGCCCUCCCCCGCCUCCUCCCCGCCCAUGCACAACAUGAACAUGACAGAUGGCGGCCCCUCGCCGCCCGCCGCACCGUGUGUAGUAGACGGCACGCUGCCCGAGUGCGGCAACUUCUCCUACCCGCACAUGUCCGUUAUGGCCGACAUCAACAACCUGUGUACGGCAAUGGACUACAUGCCUGGCUGCGGCAUCUGGCACGCCUGCGACGCCGGCCUGGUCAGCGGCGACUACUGCCAGCCCUUCACCCUGCUGGCCACCAUCUGUGUGGACAUGCCGACAAUGGCGGGCUGCAGGGCGUACCGCGGGCUGUGCAAGGCCGGCAGUGUGGUGCGGCAGUGCGCCAUCCGCCCCGCCAUCCCGAAGACUCCCUCCACCAAGCAGGCCCAGGCUCUGAUCGACACCGUGUGCAGCACCACGCCCGCGCCCGCCCUGUGCGCCACUUGCAAUCAGCUGGAGUGCUCGGAUUACAUCGGCGCUGUGACGGACGCCUGCACCUCCGCCCCCGACACCGAGGGAUGCGACGAGCUGUAUGAGGGCUGGUGCGCCGCCGCCUCCGCUUGGGAGGGCCGCGGCAACGCCCUCGCUCCCGACGCCAGCUCAAACAGCUCCCUCGCCCACUACUGCGAGUCCAGUGCCGCCUACGCCGCACUGCCUAGCCCCGCGCCCGCCGCCUCGCCGUCUCCCGCACCUGCUCCCACUCCCUCCCCAAGCCCUGACAUGCAUGGCGGCAGCAGCCCCGCGCCCGCCGCCGCGGCCUGCGUGUCCGACCCCACCCGCCCCGAGUGCGCAACCUACGUGUACCCUGACGCCUCCGUGGCUGCUGACGUCACCAGCCUGUGCAACAUGAUGCCGUACAUGCCGGGCUGCAUUAUCCGGGACGCGUGCACGGCCGGCCUGGUCAGCGGCGACUACUGCCGGCCCUUCACGCUGCUGGCCACUAUCUGUGUGGACAUGCCGGGAAUGGCGGGCUGCAGGUCGUACAAGCCCAUGUGUAUGGUGCCCGCCAGCCGCGUGCCGCAGUGCAGCGCGCUCCCCGCCAUCCCCAAGACGCCCUCGACGCUCCAAGCACAGGACCUCAUGGACUCGGUGUGUGCCGCGCCUGUGGGCGCCACCCUGCCCGAGUGCGCCGCCUGCACCCCCACCACCUGCCCUGACCCGCUCACGCCGCUCGCCCGCGUCUGCGCCAACGCCGCCGUCGCCGCCGACGCCGCCGGUGCCGGCUGCGGUGCCUACUUCGAGGACUGGUGUGCCGCGGCCUCGGCCUGGCAGACGGCUGGCAGCGGCAACCUCUCGCACUUCUGCCGUGACAGCAAGGCGUAUGCAGGCCUGGGGUCCAGCCCCGCGCCUUCGGCCUCGCCCAAGCCCGCACCCAACCCCCGCCGCAAGUCGCCGCCGCCGCGCCGCGCGUCGCCUCCACCGCACCGCGCGUCGCCUCCGCCGCGCUUUGUCAAGGCUGGCAAGCGGCAGUCUGCUGCGUCGCUGUGAGCUGUUGUGAAACAAACGCAUCAUGGGAUGGCGGGCAGGAAGGAAGGUGGCUAGACAACAUAGACCGGGAUUAGCUAGGUGUGUGGUGUUCGGAUCGUGGGAUGCAUAAGCAUGGUCCAUUUAAGUACCCAUGCAUGAGGGCUUGUGAUGUGGAUACUGUGCGGGGGUUCGUGUUCAAGGUUGUCAACUUUCCAAUACGAUGUCGUAGUACCAGGUAGCAUUUGAGGUGGUCGGGGUUCCUGGGUCGGGGUUCUGGGCUUGUGGAGUGGUGAAUUGUGCUAAAGUGCUGAUGCAGACCAAGAUGCAGGGCAUGCAGUACGGUAGCCACUAAGCCACGCAUUGCAGGGUGAAGGCGUGUUAUGAUUGGGGAUCUGUUCGUGCGUAUGUAGUCAUCACUAGAGCUCACGCAGUAACUGAUGCGCCACGCCAGGAUCUUGAGGGUGUCGCGGAACGUGCUCGGCAGCUGGUCUGAUGCUAGCUGGCGACUCGUCAGGCACGGACAGCGGGACGCGCCGCAAGGUCACUUGCGGAGCGGCGGCUGUUAGAAGCCGUGUCAUGGACUGGUGGAGGCAGAGCCACGUUGGCAGUUUGCCGCCGUGCUCGCCGAGCCAGUGGCCCUAGGGGCCAGUGGCGCGCUGUCAGCACUUAGCUGACAGCUUACACGUUCGCAUAUAAGUCAUACAUGUACACCUCUCGAGCGUGAUAAGCCCUCACAUGACCCACUGCACCCUUAUCCAGAAUGCACCGCCAUGAUCUUCGUAUGCGUUCAUGUACAACAUGCCACGUCAUGUAAUUUUGUGAGGCGGUGCCCCCUCUUAAGAGAAGUGGGCUGGUGCAGCGGAUUGGUCAGAGGCCCUGCUGUCCCGCUGGCCACCCAACAAAAGCGCCGGCUGGAAGAACCGAAUCCAAGCCCUGAGCGCGGGAAUACAACGCAAACGUG